CACAAGGUAGAUCUCCGAACUAAAAAUAGUAGCUACGGAAGGUAGCUCCACAAGAUGGCGGAACACAAGAAGUUUCUUGAGGAAUUGAUUCGAAGACCAGGGAAUGGUGUGUGUGCAGAUUGUGGAAAAGAAAAUCCAGAAUGGGCGUCUUGUAAUAUAGGAGUCUUCAUCUGUCUGGAUUGCUCUGGAGUACAUCGUGGAUUUGGAACUGAUGUGAGCCGGGUCAAAUCCAUACGACUGGAUAAUUGGGAUGCAGACCAAGUAGAGGUGCUGGCCGAGAAAGGGAAUGACUUAGUCAAUGAGGAAUACGAGAAAUAUAUUCCUCCAUACUACAGAAAGCCUCACCAACAUGAUGUAGAGGUGUUGAAAUCAGAAUUCAUAAGAGCCAAAUACAGUCGCUUAGAGUUCAAGACCCCAAACAUGCCGACGGGUUACAACUGUCCAGUCAAGGAGGGCAUCAUGUUGAAGAAAGGGAGGGACGACAAGAAGUUUCAGAAGAGGAAGUUUAUCUUAUCCAGGGACAGCAAUACACUGACAUACUAUGCCAAAGAAAAUAGUAGGAAAGAUGAAAAACCAAAAGCAGAAAUCAAUCUAGAUGACAUAAACGUAGUUUUUACACCUGAUAAAAUUGGAAACCCCAAUGGAAUGCAGAUCACAUACUUCUCCAAAGGCUCAACUAGAAAUUUAUUUGUAUAUACAGAUGAUCCAAAGGACGCAGUGGACUGGUAUAAUGCCAUCCGUGCAGCAAAAUUGGAGAGGAAGAAAGUUGCUUUUCCAGAUAGAGAGGAAUCUGAUUUAGCAGAGGAACUGACAAGAGACUUUAUCCUAGAAGGAUGGCUAAAGAAAAUGGGACCUAGGAAUGAGCCUUUCAAGAAGAGAUUUUUCACGCUUGACAAGAGGAAACUUAUGUACUUGGAGGAGCCACUGCAACCUUAUCCUAAAGGAGAGGUGUUCAUUGGGCAUCGAGACGGAGACUUUUCUGUGAGCAUGGGAUGCAGCGACAACUGUAACACGCAGGGUUAUGUUUUCACGCUACAUACCCCAGAACGAGACUUUAUUCUUAGUGCUGAAACUCGCGAAGACAUGAAUCAGUGGAUUUGUGCACUACAACGAGUUACAGAUCUGCCGAUGACACCACAAGACAACAGACUGGCCAGUCUUCUGGUGCCAAAGAGAACAGACUCCUUCCGUUUGUCAGUGUUGAGGACAUAACAAACAAAAAAAAAAAAACAGAAAAAAAAUAUAAAUUUUGGUUGAUUUUUUUAUUCAAAUGAUAACUAAUGGUGCAAUUUUGGUUGGAGUGAAUGUUCACUGUUUAAAUGCAGGGACAUGAAUGUUGUUUUAUUUUAAUAUUAAUGUCUGCCGUGAUUUACCAUAUGUUAUAUACCAUAAACAGUAUGUUACAGUUGAUUUAAAGUUGCAUAAUCUGAGACUUGCACUGGGAAUGAACAUAAAGACAGUGAUGUUAUGUAUAAAAACAGGUUUCGGAUUAGAAAGGUUUCAGAGUAAGCAGGAUUUACUUUACUCUUGGAAUACAAGUGUACUAUCUUUGUGUGGAUCCAGAAAAAUUUUCAAGGGA